ACCCUUAAAAGGAUGUCGUCAAAGGUUUGAAAUGUUCAGCCUACCAUGAAUUCACACACCUGCCCUCUGCCCAUUGCACUGGAAUGUUGAGGGGAUUCCUUAAGUACAGUUUUAAGAUUAAAUCUGUUUAUUGAAGCAUAUUUUCCAGGCGCCGUAUGACAUAACCGGAGCCAAAGCAGUGCUAUGAAGAACUGUAAGAUAUAACCUGGAUAGUAACUUAACAUCUAAAGAACAGGUUUAGUGUUCCAUUUUUUAACUGCCCCAUAGGGUUUCCAAGGAGCACCUGGUGGAUUUGAACUACUGGCCUUUUAGUUAGCAGCUGUAGCUCUUAACCACUACGCCACCAAGGUUUCCUUGCAAUGGUUAAUUCACACAGAAAACUAAUAUUUCGUAUUUAUGUAGGAUUUUAUUGCUCAGCAAUCCUCCUGCUCAGAAUAUGUAUUUGUUCUCAGCUCUCAAUGCCAUCUAUUAAUCAGCUCAGUAAGGAUGCUGAGACUAUCCCUGUAGCCACCAAUGGGGAACCAUUUCCUUGGCACAAGCUAAGGCUUCCUCACCUGGUCAUUCCCCUCCACUAUGACCUCCUUGUCCACCCAAAUCUCACCUCCCUGGACUUUACUGCAUCUGAGAAGAUUGAGAUUUUAGUCAGAGAAGCCACCCAGUUUAUCAUCUUGCACAUCAAAGACAUUGAAAUCAUAAAUGCCACGCUUCACUCAGAGGAAGAUUUGAGGUACAGAAAACCAGGGACAAAACUGAAUGUUUUGAGUUAUCCUGCUCAUCAGCAAAUUGCACUCCUGGCUCCGGACGAACUUAUUGCUGACAUGAGAUACUAUGUGGCUAUUAACUUUCAAGCCAAGUUAGCUGAUGGCUUUAAAGGAUUUUAUAAAAGCACGUACAGAACUCUUGGUGGUGAAACAAGAAUAAUUGCAGUAACGGAUUUCGAGCCAACCCAGGCACGUGCGGCCUUCCCUUGCUUUGAUGAACCGUUGUUCAAAGCCAACUUUACAAUCAAGAUAAGAAGAGAGAGCAGACACAUUGCUCUAUCCAACAUGCCAAAGGUUCAGACAAUUGAACUUGAAGGAGGCCUCUUAGAAGACCACUUUGAAACAACUGUAAAAAUGAGUACAUACCUGGUAGCCUAUAUUGUUUGUGAUUUCAACUCUGUGAGUGGCACAACCUCAUCAGGGGUCAAGGUCUCCAUCUAUGCAUCCCCAGACAAAGGGAGUCAAACAUAUUAUGCUUUGGACUCAUCGCUGAAGCUGCUUGAUUUUUAUGAAAACUACUUUGAUAUCAGCUAUCCGUUACCAAAGCUGGACCUAGUUGCCAUUCCUGACUUUGAGUCUGGAGCCAUGGAAAAUUGGGGCCUCAUCACAUAUAGAGAGACGUCACUGCUCUUUGAUCCCAAGACCUCUUCUGCUUCUGACAAAAUGUGGGUCACCAAAGUCAUAGCCCAUGAACUGGCACACCAGUGGUUUGGAAACCUGGUUACAAUGGAGUGGUGGAAUGAUAUUUGGCUUAACGAGGGUUUUGCAACAUACAUGGAGCUUAUCUCUAUUAAUGCUACAUAUCCGGAACUACAAUUUGAUGAUUAUUUUUUGAAUGUGUGUUUUGAAGCAAUUGCAAAAGACGCGUUGAAUUCAUCCCGUCCUAUCUCCAAUCCAGCGGAAACUCCUACUCAAAUACGGGAAAUGUUCGAUGUGGUUUCCUAUAACAAGGGAGCUUGUAUUUUGAAUAUGCUCAAGGAUUUUCUGACUGAGGAGAAAUUCCGGGAAGGAAUAAUUCACUACCUAAGGAAGUUCAGUUACAGAAAUGCUAAGAACGAUGAUUUGUGGGCAAGUCUGUCAAAUAGUUGUUCAGAAGGUGAUUUUAUGUCUGGUGGAUUUUGCUAUUCCAAUUCCAAGAUGAGAAGUAACACACUCAGCGUUUUGGAGAAGAAUGUGGAAAUCAAAGAGAUGAUGAGUACAUGGACUCUCCAGAAAGGAAUCCCCCUCGUGGUGGUUAACCAAGAAGGGCAUUCACUCAGACUGCACCAGGAGCUCUUCCUGAAGGGAGUUUUCAGAGAGGACCCUGAAUGGGAGACUCUGCAGGGAAGGUACUUUUGGCAUAUCCCAUUGACCUACUCCAUGAGUUCCUCUAAUGCCAUUCACAGGCACAUUCUAAAAUCAAAGACAGAUACUCUAGAAUUACCUGAAAAGACUAGUUGGUUGAAAUUCAAUGUGGACUCAAAUGGCUACUACAUCGUUCAUUAUGAGGGGCUUGGAUGGGACCACCUCAUUACACAGUUGAAUCAGAACCACACACUUCUCAGACCUAAGGACAGAAUCGGUCUAAUUCAUGAUGCAUUUCAGCUGGUUAGCGUAGGACGGUUGACCCUUGACAAAGCUCUGGACCUGAUUCGCUAUCUCCCACAUGAAACAAGCAGCCCUGCACUUACCGAAGGUCUGAGACACUUAGAAUUAUUUUACCACAUGAUGGACAGAAGGAAUAUCUCAGAUGUCACUGAAAACCUCAAGCGUUACCUUCUCCGAUAUUUUAAGCCAGUGAUUGACAAGCAAAGCUGGAGUGAUGAGGGCUUGACCUGCGACAGGCUGCUUCGCUCAACUGUCUUGAAGUUGGCCUGUGACCUGAACCAUCCUCCUUGCAUCCGGAAGGCGGCUGAACUCUUCUCUUGGUGGUUGGAGUCCAGUGGAAAAUUAAACAUCCCAACAGAUGUUUUAAAGAUUGUGUAUUCUGUGGGUGCUCGGACAACAGAAGGAUGGGAUUACCUCUUAGAGCAAUAUGGACUGUCAACGUCAGUUGCUGAAAAAAACAAAAUUCUGUAUGCGUUGUCAACCAGCAAACAUCAGGAAAAGUUAGUGAAGUUAAUUGAACUAGGAAUGGAAGGAAAGGUUAUCAAGACCCAGGACUUUGCAUCUCUUCUUCAUGCGAUUGCCAGAAAUCCAAAGGGGCAGCAAUUAGCCUGGAAUUUUGUAAAAGAAAAUUGGACUCAACUCCUUAAAAAAUUUGACUUGGGUUCGUUUGCCAUGAGAGUGAUUAUUUCUGGUACAACGUCUCACUUUUCUUCCAAGGAUGAGUUGCAAGAGGUGAAACUGUUCUUUGAAUCCCUUAAGGCCCAAGGAUUACACCUGGAUGUUUUUCAAAUUGUUCUGGAAACUAUAAAUAAUAAUAUUAAGUGGCUGGAGAGGAAUCUUAACACUCUGAGGACUUGGCUACUGGUUAGUAUUUAAAUGGUCACCAGAGAAUACAUCAGACACAGGCUCUAUCUACAUGAAGUCAAGCAGAAUGAAUCAUGCCAGCAAAGCUCAAGUCAGAGUUCUAGUUUGUCUAACCAGUAAGAGGCCUGAAGAAAUCAGCCAGUACAGCGGCCUACUCUCAGUUGUUGUCUACAGCAGACAGAUACAAUGCUAGGAAUAGGGGAAGGCCAGUCAAUAGACUAUGAUGAUUUAAAAGUUCCUGAAUAAUGGGUUUAUGUGGAUACACACACACACUCACACACACACACACACACAGUUCAGCGGCAACACAGGCCUUCUACAUUGUUUCACUCUAUGCCAGUAUUUUGCGUCUUUUUUUUUUUUAAACAUUGCUUAGUAUCCUGAAGUUUGCCCAGCCAGUUUUACUUCCAGCAAAAAAAUAGCCAAUACAUAAAAAAAAAUCUGUCUCAUAUACAUCCUUCCAUCCCAUUACUUUCUCCAGCCUUCAACUCAGCCUGAACUAAAUAACUAAAUAAAAUAUUUAAUUUUUACCAUUAACAGAAUAUCUGAUACAAAUUAUGAAGGGUAAAGGCCAGAAAACCGGAGACUUUGUCACCAAAUCUCAAAUUAUUGGAAACUAGAUGUCAAAGUUUAUCAAGAAAGCUUACGUCUCUCAUUCCUGAAGAUCCUGAAGGUAGACUUUUGGGGUUAUUUCCAAAUGAAGUUGAAUUUGCAGUCACAGAGGUACGGGAGAGAAAGAAGAUACGCAACAUACAGUUUAACCCAUGCACUAUUACCAUUUUUAAUACAUCUUCUGACAGUUACGGAAGUACAUUGCACUAUAUAUUUUCAGUAAAAUCAGGAUUUAAUGUAAAUAUUUUUAAUCUAUCACUGUAUUUUGUGAUCCAGUUCUGGAAUUUCUUCAUAUUUUAGUAUUCAAGGAAUAGUUUAGUCUCUAAAAUGUUCUGCUGCAUGCUUCUUUUAAUUGUUUGAAAAGUAGUUUGGAACAAAUAAAGAAAACAUUACCCAGACAGUAGGAAACUUAACAAAUGCGUAAUCCUACAUAUGCAUCGGUAUGAAAGUAUAAGCAAGUUUUAGAAAGAUAAAAGACUUGAAUCAGUACAUAGGUGACUGACUUACCUAGGUUGUUAAGGAAAGCUGGGGAGGUCGAGGAAUGUGUAUGUGUAGGGGGGUAGGGUGUUACCCAGUACAUUUUUGGAAUGAUAUCGUGAAAGUCAAUUAUAGCUUCUGUAGACCUUUCUCAGCUGCCAAAGUCAGUGAAAGUCAAUUAUAGCUUCUGUAGACCUUUCUCAGCUGCCACAGUCAGAGACAGGAUAGUUUAGAUGGACCAUGGGUAUGACCCAAUUCACCUUUCAAGUUUGUUUUCAAAUCAUUUCUUGGAAUCUUUGAAGCAUCUUUGACUCUAGAUUUGACCUGGUCAUGGACCUAUCUCCGUCUUUAUAACACCUAAGUGAUAUCCCUCUGGAAUUACAUGUACUUUAGCAUAAGGAAACUGAAAGAGUAAACAAUACUAUUUUCUUCUACCUGGGUAAUAUGUAAAUUAAAGAGUAAAAUGUGUAUGACUUUUGGUAGAAUUGUGUCAUCAAUAAUGUUUCCACAAAUACACUGGGUUCUUUGUUUUGUGCAGUAAUUUGUCUACCAUAAAAUUUCAAGUUUUUAAUUCCCUUCAUUACUUAAAUGCAGUAUUGAUUACUUUUGUAAUUUUUAGGAUUCUUAAGGAUUGAGUACAGGAAGUAGCAAUUUUAUUGUUUAGAAAGUGAGAAUUACUAUGCUAAAAAUGUUUUGAUGAAUAAAUAGUUUAAAAAAA